AUGACACAAGCGUUUCAGGUGCGUGGGAGUGGAGUGGCGCGGGGGGGUGAUGCGAGGGGCGCGGGGGGUGGUGCGCCGGCGCCGGUAGCACCGACCAUGCUGGCUCCGAGCGUCCUCGCCGCCUGCCUGAUACUGCUCGCGUUACCAGCCAUCACGCUGGCGAACCCGCCCAACGGCAUCAAGGGUGAGCGUGCACCGUGCUCCAACGAAGGUGAAUCAGUAAGUCUCCAGGACGCAAGACUCGACCAGGAUUGGAGCACCUGCUUCCGCUGCGUGUGUAAGAACGGGUUUGUGGACUGCUUUAAGGGUGCAGAGAAGUGCGGUUUGAUGGAAGACUGCGCUGUCAUCAUGCCUCGUGAAGGUUGCUGUGCAAGAUGUAAGGGUUGUUGGUACAAUGGAACGGAGCACGCAUCGCACACUGAGUGGAACGAAGAUGGAAAAUUGCUUCGCUGCGAGGCAGGCGUGGUCACCAUCUCACGACCAGAGUGCUACGCGCCCUGUGAUAAUCCGAAGCAUCAGAGGCAUACUCAUUACAACUGCCCAGUUUGUGAAGAAUGUAUCAUAAAUGGCCAAAGAGUUUGGGAAGGCCGUGAUGUUCGGAUACCAGAAGAGCCAUGUUUAUCGUGUCGAUGUAUGCGUGGUGCCUUAUCCUGCACAAAGAAAGCUUGUCCAGUGCUUCCAUGUGUUAUUUCGCAGCAGUUUACUCCAAUUGGGGAAUGCUGUCCCCGAUGUUCUCAUCCAACAGCUGAUAAAAUUCUUCCAAUUUCGGGAUUUGCUCAGAAACCAUGUAUAAUUGGAAAGGAAUAUCACCUCAAUUCGAUCCCAUUUCGAGUGGAUCCUUGUACGGACUGUAUGUGCAUGAAUGGUACGGCGGUGUGUUCGCGUCACACAUGCCCAGUGCUAACAUGCGGAGCCCGUGCUUUACCACCGGCCCCGGGGAAAUGCUGUCCUGAAUGUCCACAAAUUGAAGAAGCAAAAGAAGCAUGUGUCAUCGGUGGAAAAAAAUAUCAGGACGGAGAAACGUGGCAAUUAGAUGCUUGUAAAUCCUGCGAGUGUCAUGGAGGAGAACCACGUUGCGCCAUGGAGCGAUGCCCAGUAUUAAGCUGCUCGCCGGAUCAGAUCCUUCGUCAGUUGCCGGGACAGUGCUGUUCGAAAUGCGUCGAUAUCGACGGAAUAUGCACUGUAUUUGGAGAUCCACAUUAUAAAACAUUCGAUGGAAAAUUUUAUAGUUUUCAAGGAUCUUGCAAAUAUCAAUUGGUAUCCGAUUGCAAAAAUCAUACAUUUUCAAUCAGAAUAUCGAAUGAUUCCAGAAAUACGUCACAUUCCUCGUGGACACGUACUGCCACCCUUCGCAUAGGGUCAACAAAAAUCAAUAUGGGCAAAAAGAUGCGUAUCAAAGUUAAUGGAAAGAGAAUAAGUCUUCCACACAUAGUAAAAGGAGUAGCUGAAAUAGAUCGCAGUAAUGGAUCGGUAUUACUAAAAUCCGAUAUUGGAGUGCAAAUGUUGUGGGAUGGAGAUGGAUUUUUGGAAGUUACCGUUUCAAGUUCGUAUAAAGGCAAGCUCUGUGGUCUAUGUGGUAAUUUUAAUUCUGUAGCUAGGGAUGACAUGAGAACUCGUGAUGGAAGACUACUAAAUGAUACUUGGAAGUUCGGAUCCUCUUGGCGGGUGGGAGGUCAUCGAGCUUGUACAAGACGACAAGAAAGACCUUAUGGAAUUUCGAGAUGUCGGCCGUCGAAACUUACUAAAGUCAGGCGUCUAUGUCGAGCAUUUGAUCGCCACGAUGCGUUCUCAGCUUGCAGUGCCAAAGUAAAUCCCCACAAUUAUAAGGAAGCGUGUCUCCUAGACGCGUGUAGUUGUACGGGUGUUCGGUGUCACUGCGCUGCAUAUAGAGCUUAUGCUAGAGAAUGUUCACGUGUGGGAGCGGAACCUCAAAAUUGGCUUCGCGCUGCAUGGUGUGAAGGUCCCCCACCGCCUUGGCUCAAUCGAAGCCGCAAAGGCUUCGGUCGUUCCACGAAGCCCAAAGACCAGAAUUUCUUAGACGUGGGUCUCUUACCGAAACGAAAUAAUAGUCGUUCCCGGCCUCCACCCCCAAUUCUACAUUAA